AUGACUAGCCCGGGGCAGAAAUAUCAAGACAUCUUUCAGCGCGGGAUCGACCCCGACGUCGACGACCCCAACCAGUGCCAUAAACACAGUGAAAUACCGAAUUCCUGGCCUGAAUUAGAUGAAAUUCUAGAUUACUCUCGCAGAGUUAGAGCGAGGAUCCUGGCGCUAUACGGCACAGGCGAGGUAGCCCGUGUGGACUCUUCUAAACUUCAACGCGCCCUUUGGUUGGCGUUUGAACAUGAGGCUAUGCAUUUAGAAACACUGCUUUAUAUGCUUGUACAAAGCGAAGAUACACUCCCACCGCCCGGUGUGGUUAAACCCGAUUUUGUUUCUGGUAGAGAGUGGGAAUUGAGAAGAGGAGCAAACACCAAAAACGCCGAGAAAUGGACUGAAAUCCCAAAGAAGAUUAUUAGUGUCGGUAUUGACGACCAUGAAACCCAUACAUCUAAUGGGUCGGCUAGAAACGGGGACUGUGGUUACCAACAGCGAUACUUCGGAUGGGACAAUGAGAAACCGAUACGUCACGGCAUUGAGGUGCCAGCAUUCAAGGUUAGAUCACAUCCCAUCACUAACGAGGAGUAUGCCAAAUAUCUUCAUUCACAAUCCUCCAACAAUAUUCCUGCUUCUUGGACUUUCUCCGGUCCAAAGUUGAACGGAGCUAUUUAUCAAAAUGGGAACGGUGCUGCUCAUCAAAAUGGGAACGGCACUACCUAUCAAAACGGAAACGGCACGGACAGCUCACUAGAGCAUUUCAUCUCCUCCCUCUUUGUUAAAACUGUCUUCGGCCCCGUCUCGUUGAAGCUCGCCGGUGAGUGGCCGGUCAUGGCAUCCUAUGACGAACUCCAGGGCUGCGCAAAAUGGAUGGGCGGAAGGAUACCCACCGCAGAUGAAGUGAGAGCCCUAUACGAGUAUGUUGAAUCAUUAGACGUUGCAGAGAAGACUCUGGGAAAGAGGAUCGAUGCUGUCAAUGGACAUCUAAUCAACAAUGGCGUCCGCGAGUCACCACCAAGCCCAUCCUCCAUCUUCGCCGACAUCCGGGGCAACAACGUCGGCCUCAAAUUCUGGCACCCCACGUCGGUCAUUCCCAGCGGGGGGACACCACUCGGGCGCGCCGCAACAGGCGGUGCCUGGGAAUGGACCAGCACUAUCCUAGAGCGCCACGAGGGCUUCAAGGAGGACGAGAUGUAUCCCGAGUACACCGCGGAUUUCUUUGACGGGAAGCACAACGUCAUGCUCGGCGGAAGUUGGGCCACCCACCCGAGGAUUGCGGGGAGGAGGAGUUUUGUCAAUUGGUACCAGCGCAAUUACAAGUAUACUUGGGCCACGGCCAGGAUUGUAGCCCUGGAAUAA